ACCGUUCGCUCCGUGAAAAAACAAAAAAAAAGUUCGUGCAAACGUGAGUUUUGUUACCGUACCGGUGAAAAAAUCGCAUUUAGUAAUGACUGCAAAGGCGGAAAGUAAAGCAAAGGGUACUUUUCAACCGGACUCAGAUGUUCACAUCACGUACGAAGACCAAAUGAAGAUCAAUAAGUUUGCCAACUAUAACGCCAAGGUAGACGAUCUGAAGGAAGAACUGAAGAUCAAACAGAAUGAGCUAAAAAACCUGGAGGAAGCGGGCGAUGAGGUCGAUCUUCUGGACGACGAUGUGCCGAUAGCUUUCCUGAUGGGAGAAGUGUUCAUGUCUCACAACCAGUCGAAAACGCUCGAGCUGCUCGCGGAAGCCAAGGAUAAGAAGAAAAAAGAGAUCGACACCAUCCAGAAGACGUCCCGCGAUCUACAGGCACAAAUGACCGAACUCAAGCAGUACUUGUACGGCCGGUUCGGCAACAAUAUCCAUUUGGAAAACGAUGAAUAAAAC